AUGCCCUCCCACAUUCCCCACGUGGAUGAACUCGGCGCAACCAGUGCACCUCUAAAGAGUGCUGCCUUCUUCCUCGGGGCAUACUGCAAGGAAUACAAUGAGGACUUCAUGCUGUGCAAGAAUGAAAGCCGAAAUCCCGAACAUUGUUUGAAGGAAGGAAGGAAAGUGACGCGGUGUGCAGUUGACCUGAUCACCAAGAUGCGGGAGAACUGUGCCCAACAAUUCGAUGCCCACUGGGAGUGUUUGGAGAAGAGGAACCAUGAAUAUUACCUCUGCCGCAAGCCUGAACGCACACUCAACGCCUGCAUGUUCGAGAAGCUCGGCCUGACCAAGACAAUCCCGGGUUCUCCACCCGGUCAAGAGCCAAUACACGACAAGAAGAACCCUAUCUACAAGGCCAUUCAAAAAUAA